UCCUAUUUUUCCCUUUCUUUCUUCUGGAAACGUGCCUACGUGGAGAAAUGAUCCUUAGCAAAGCCGGUGUGGAGUCUGUGUCACGCUGCAGCUCUGCAUCUCCUGCCGGGGAGCUGAUGGAGACCACACAGGGCCCAGGGUCGGAUCUUGAGGCGCCCGCGGCUCCGUUUGUCCCCACAGUAACUGCGAUCUCCACCAGUCCAGAUUUGCAGUGGAUGGUGCAGCCGACCAUCAUCACGUCCGUCUCCCCGUCUGCGACCAAACCUGAAACCAGAGAGACAGCAGCCAAGAGGAGCGGGGCCAAAGCGAAAAACACCACCAGGAAAGGAAAAGGCGAGCAGCUCACACCAGAAGAGGAGGAGAAGAAGAGAAUAAGGAGAGAGAGAAAUAAAAUGGCUGCAGCAAAGUGCAGGAACAGACGGAGAGAGCUCACGGACACCUUGCAGGCUGAAACAGACAAACUGGAGGAGGACAAAGCAGCUUUGCAGGCAGAAAUAGCGAAUCUUCUAAAAGAAAAAGAGAGACUUGAAUAUGUUCUUGCUUCACACAAGCCUAUAUGUCAGCUGCCUGAAGAGCUGGAGAGCAUUUUCCCAGAGUCUCCCCAACCUCUUCCUUCUUCAGAGAUAUCUGGCCAACUUCCAGAGGAUGGUGGACAGGACACCUCUUCUCUACACGACUUGGAGACCCCUUUAGUUCCACCCACAGCUAUCUCAGGCAACUCUAAUAUAUUGCUGUGCUCCAGCGCAGAGGUCAGUUUGUGCGACCUUGAGCCGUCACUAAAUUUCAAGGAGGAGUUGUUGGAAAAUAUUCUUGGCAGUGUGGAUGAAGAAAGGAUCUCUGUGGAAAAAGCACGCUCAGUCCCUGACAUUGACCUCAACGGUUCCUUAGGCAUCACAGACUGGGAAACACUGUACAAGUCUGUGGCCAAUGAUCUGGAGCCCUUAAGCACUCCUGUGGUGAGUGCCUCCACCCCGACAUGCAGCAACUACCUGUCCAUCUUUACUUUUGCCUGUCCAGAGCUGGAGUGUCUGACUGAGGAAAUGGACGGCUGCAAAGGUGGGGUACCCAAAUCCGACAAUGUGGAUCUUCUAAACUCCCCCACACUCCUGGCAUUAUAAACAUACUUCAAAAAAAAAGGAGGGUUUCACAGUUUUAAUUACUAGAUAUCACUGUGUUGGGAUAUCUAAGAAAAGUGGUAUUGAUGUAAAAGCUGGCAGCAUCCACGAAAUGUGCAAUGCGACCCAGAAUAUCAUAGUUUACCCACUUCCAGAUACUCUUGAUGUAGCUAAGAGCAUGAAAAGAAGUUCUAUAAAAUCCUAAUCCAUGGACAGUUAUGAACUAUGUUCUGAUUUGAAAAAGCAUAAAGCAUGUGCAGAUUCAAUAUAAAAUUAUUUAUGAAUAUUGAAACAUACACACACAUAUGUGUGUGUGUGUGUGUGUGUGUGUGUGUGUGUGUGUGUGUGUGUGUACGUGUGUGUAUAUAUAUAUAUAUAUAUGUGUAUAUGUAUGUAAGAGUUUUAUAUCUGUUUGAUCUUCUGUGAGGUCUUCUGUAAGCUAUAUUGUGCACUGUUCGCUGUGCCGUUUUGUGUUUUUGAUGGCAAUAGCUUCACAAUGUUGUGCUUUAGUAUAUAUUCUUGACAGUUCUUACAUACCUCAGUGUCAUCAUGCAGUCUGUGUUAUGACAUCAUUAAUAAUGUUUAGAGUUUUCCAUGAAAACAUCCAGUGGUAUAUCAAUCAAAAUGUAUUUUAUGAUACUUUAUUUUUCUACCUUCUAAAUCUUUCGACUUGUGCAUCAGAGGGAAAGAGUUAAAUGAGCACUGAUUUCUUAUGAAUUAAUAAUCACAUUAAAGAUUCAUGCAAUGUGGUAUGAGUUGGCUCUAUGCAGAUUUCCUCUGAGUUCUCUCGUUUCCUCCUAACUCCACCUAUGAUUGAUUGUAGGUGGAUUAAUGAUGUAAGAGUGCUCUUUAUACAUAUUCUUUCCUGGGAUCAGCUCUGGAUCCACCUUUUGAAUGUGUAAAAGCACCCCUCAUAUCUAAAUUUCUUAUGAUCAGCUCUGAAUACACCUUUCAAUUGUGUUAAAUUACUCCUCAUACACAUUUUUAUCCGGGCAUCUUCUUUGGAUCCAGCGUUUAUUUGUGCAAAUCUGCCACCCAUUCCCAUGUCUACUUGGAAUCUGUGUAAAAGUGCCCAUUUUUUCCUGGGAUUGGUUCUGGAUUCCCUCCACACUGGCCAAGAGUCUAAUCAAGUCGGGAACAAAGGAUGCGUAAAAUAUGUUUAAUUACUUGCAAUUAAUG